AUGCGUGUGUUUGCUAAUUUGCUGUGUUGCUGUGUGUGUUAAACUUUUUCUUCAUCAUCAUCUUGAAUGAGUUUCUAAUUUUUGUUUUUUUUUGAUUUUGUUUUUAAUUAAAAAAAUCAAUAUCGAGCUCAUAUCGAAUUGUGACACUUUUUCUUUUUUCUCUCUUGGUUCAUCUCGUCGAACAAGCAUUUGUUGAUUUCCUCUUCCAAAUCGAAAAAACCAAUACAAACAACAACCAAAUCGAAUAUAAUGGCCGAAGACGCAAAGGAAAGUUCACCGGAAUAUAUUAAAAUCAAAGUUGUCGGACAGGAUACAACUGAAUUACAUUUUCGUGUAAAAAAAACGACAUCAUUUUCGAAACUGAAAAAAUCCUAUAGCGAUCGAGUUGGUGUACCAUUGUCAUCAUUACGUUUUCUAUUUGAUGGCCGCCGAAUCGAUGAUAGUGAUACACCACAAUCAUUGGAAAUGGAAGAAGAAGAUGUGAUAGAAGUGUUUCAGGAACAAACUGGUGGUUCAAAUCAACCUCGAUCAUCAUUGAUUUUUGUUUGAAUCCAAUGGACACCAAAUCGAAAAGCAAAAUUAUGAAACAAAUUUCUUUUUUCAAAUUAAAUAAAUUGUAUUGGCACCAUCAUCAUUUCAUCAUCUAUUAAUCAUCAUUGUUCUUUUCAUCGUCAUUUACAAAUUUCAACAAAAACAAACUGUCAUUUUCACACAAUUAAUCCCUCAUACACAUACCAAUUGUAUUCGUUUCGAAACAAAAACAAACAUUAAUGUUUUCAAUUUUGCAAAAACAAAAAUCCAAGAUUCAUCACAUUAACCACAUUUUGUAAACCAUUACAAAACAAGUGAAUUGUUUUUCUUUUUAUUCUUUUAUCAUUUCAUUUCCAUUUUGGCAAAGUUGAUACAAGUAAAUAAUUGAUAAUAAUAAUUAUAAAAA